UCAAAAAAAUUGAAAAAGAAAAGGCUGUAAACACAAAAAGGCGAAUGUUAUUAAAAGAAACUGAACAUUUACAAUCUGCUCUAAGGAUCAGAAUAAGUAGAAAGGAAGUACUACAAGACAAUGAACAAGAGAUUGAGAAACUACGGGAAAGUAUAUCAUCUAUUUGUGUACAGCUGCUUGAAAUAGAACCUUCUUACAUAAAAUCCACACAGACAGUGCUAUCAUCCAAUGGAUCUAUCUGUGAAGCUCAAGAUGAUUAUAAUGACCCAGUUAUUUCAUUCAAAAAAGGUAAACUACUUCAGUUAAGUACAAAUGGACAUGAGGUACAAUCACUGGAGACUGGACAGAAGAGUGCUGUUCCAAUGAAAUACAUUGGAUACUCAAGAGUAGAAUUACUUAACUUGUUUCAGUUUGCAGUGACAAAGGAAGGAUUAUCCCUCCUACCUGUUAUCUUUGAUGAUGAUAAAAAAGUGGAACAUUUUAUACUAAAAAUUACGAAUGAUUUUACUAUACUACAAUCAUUGAGGGAACUGAUCACAAUGGAUAAAUUAUUUAUGGCUAGUUAUAAUUUUGAAGGACUAAACCCACAUAACUUAACUCUAAAGAAAGGAGAAAUACUUAAAGUUGCUAUAUAUAAAGAUGAUGGAUGGUGGUAUAUGCAUUCACUUGAUACAAACAAAGAAGGAUAUGUAUCAAUUAAUUAUAUAUUACCAAUUGAAGGAAAAUACUCACCAAUGUACUACAAGUACAUCUACUAUCAUACAGUGAGUCGUCGUGAAGCAGAGGAGAGACUGAAUCAAGCAGACACUCAAGCAGGUACUUUUCUAAUUAGAGAUAGUGAGAGCAAACCUGGACAGCAUUAUUCACUCUCAGUUAAUAAUGGAGUUACUAUCAAGCACUAUCGCAUAUACACUGAGUUUAAUAAGUAUUACAUAAAUCCUCAUGUCCAGUUUGACUCACUCAAUGACCUGGUACACCACUACAUGAUUGAAGCAGAUGGUCUGACCUGCUCACUAACAGUUCCUAUACCCAAACAAGCAAACAUACCCAUUGCAAUGAAUAAAGAGUUAGAAAUUAAUAAAUCACAAAUCAAGUUUUCACAAUGCAUAAAUGCUGGAUGGUUUGGAGAGACAUGGAAGGGUGAUUGUAAAGGUAAAGGGCCAGUUACCAUUAAGACAAAUAUAGCAACAGAUAUCACACAAAAAACAUUUCUUGAUGAGACGAAUAUUUUGGUAAAAUUCUACCAUAAGAACAUCAUCAGUCUAUAUGGUGCUUGUACUGAAAGCUAUCCUUUUUAUAUUGUAACAGAGCCAAUGAAUGAAAACCUCAAAGAUUACCUGAUUUCAAACAACACUAUGCCAGCAAAUUUGGUAGAUAUCGCUAUUCAAGCUACUGAUGGUAUGAUUUAUCUAGGAGAACAAGAUUACAUUCAUUGUGAUCUAAGAGCAGAGAAUAUACUAUUAGGAGAUCAUAACAUUGUCAAGAUAGCAAACUUUGAUCUUGCUCAACACCUCAAUGGCAAAAAAUACCAGAUUCUUAAGGAAAGUACUAAGGUAGCUAUAAAAUGGACAGCACCUGAAGGAUAUACUUUAAGCCGACUGAGCAUUAAAUCUGAUGUUUGGUCAUUUGGUAUAUUACUAUGGGAACUGGCUACCAAAGGAAAGGAACCAUAUCCUGGUAUGACUGAUGAAGAAGUAAAGGAGGCAGUAUCAUCAAAAGGUUAUCAUAUGCCCAUACCCCAAAAUUGUCCUAAACCAUUUAAACAACUUAUGCCAAACUGCUGGAAAAUUUAUGAAAAUGAAAGGCCAAAUUUUAGAGAUAUUUUAGUUGUACUUGUCAAGCAUAGUAGAUAUGCAUUCAUAUAAAUGUAUUUUUG